GCUCAGGCGGCGGCCGUGGAGGAGGCCCUGGGCGUCUUGGUGGCGGCGGCGGAGGAUUUGGAGGCCGAGGCGGUGGAUCCGGCCCCAUGAGGAACCGACAGAACCUGAGCCGCGCUAGAGGCAGACCAACGCCUUACAGCAGGGUAUGAGAAAGUUGAGCAGUGAAAGGAAAAACCUUCGGCACAGCUGAAAAUUCCUGGUUAACCUCCUUCUAUUCUACAGUAGGCUUGCUAGCUAAUCCUCUAGCCAGCUUGCUAGUCAAGCAAAUAAUGUAACGGCUAACCGCUGAUUUUCCUUCAGAGGAGAUCUCAAUAGUUUGCGGUUAAGCAUGAAUGGAGUUUGUUUGCAUAAUAUGUCCCUUCUCCCACAACCCGUAUGUAUCCAUCACUUUCCAAGAAGAGGCCCUUUGAAGAGAGCGGAUACCUUAGCCUUGUUGGCUAACUAGCUAAAGUUGGAUCGCGAAGGCCUCAUCAGCGCCAUUUUGAAUCCAGCGCCGUAAAUUGAAGCUAGUCUUCAUCGAUCAAAAACAGCUUCUUCCCCAAGUGUCAGAUUGAUGUUGGAAGGAGGCCACUUCAUCGAAAAAUUUCACCCUCAAUUGAUUUCUCACUACUAAUGGGAGCAUAGUGUUUCAAGUCCCGGUGCAGAAACCAGGCGGCCUUUUGUUCGGGGAGUGGCUGGCUCUCGAGGCCUAUUUGAUGGCUUUUCUGCCAUUUCGUCUGGUUCUUUUGGAUGGAUAAAUGGACUUCACCUUCCCUGAUAGUACUCGUAAAAGGCAAUCCUUCGCUCCCUAAGUGUGAAUUGAGUGUCCAGAUAAACCAAACAAAGCCCCAGUCAAAAUGGCGUGGUCUCAAAAUGGACGCUCACAGAAUCCACGCUCAAAUAGAGGGGGUAUCUGGCCGCCAUCUAUAUAUUUUUACAUCCCUUACAUCAUAUGGACACUCUGCUUUCAUGAAAGCCCCCCGAGGCUUGACAAAGAACUGUUUGGUGGGCCAGGACAAACGGUGCAACGCUGGAGGCAACGCUGCUUCAGAUGGCGACCCACUGUGUACCCGAGGAGCAUAUCUGGAGGGCCUUGGAGGCGCAGAUGGCAAGAGAACAAUGGGCACUUAUGCCUAAACAGCUUCCAGAUAAGUGGCAGCACGACAUGUUCGACAACGGCUUCAGCGGCUUCAAUGGCGCUGCUGGAGGUAGUAGUGGAGCUGGUGUGGAAACUGGAGGAAAGCUUCUUGUCUCCAAUCUGGACUUUGGGGUCUCAGAUGCUGACAUUCAGGAACUUUUUGCUGAAUUUGGAACUCUGAAGAAAGCUGCAGUUCAUUAUGACCGAUCAGGAAGAAGCCUCGGAACAGCCGAUGUCCACUUUGAAAGGAAAGCAGAUGCCCUUAAGGCCAUGAAACAGUACAAUGGCAUCCCGCUUGACGGGCGGCCUAUGAACAUACAGCUCGUCACAUCACAGAUUGACACACAGAGGCGGCCUAUGCAGGGUUUGAACAGAGGUGGUGGAGGCAUGAACAGAAGUCGUGGCUUUGGGGGCAUGCCAAGAGGCCAAAGAGGGCGUGGUGCAGGCGGUCCCCGGGGUAGAGGACGGGGUGGCCGUGGCGGUAGCAGUACUAAGCAGCAGCUGUCAGCAGAGGAGCUUGAUGCCCAAUUAGAUGCCUACAAUGCCAGGAUGGACACCAGUUAAGAAAUGACGCUCUUCCUAGUCUCGUCCCUUCAUGUCUGUACAGAAGGGGGUGGUUGUUACAGAUGUGCAGAAUAUUUUACACUUGGUUGUUUUUUGAUGUGAUUAAAUGUGUUUCAACCUCUUUUAAAUUCUCAAGUGUUUUAUACCAGUAUGGAUUUUUUUUUUUCUGAUAAAUGGUUUUGGCUGUAGGUUGUUGAAGUCCCUCUACCCUGUAGUUACAGAAACUUGUAAUAAAAACCUACAGUGCAUAUUAACCAAAA